AUGUCGGAAAAAAAUAAUUAUACGUUGAGUGAAAAAGAAAAGGCUCUUGCAGGACUUCCAUACUUAUCUAAUACUGAAGAACUUAUUAAUGACCGACUUAAAACUAGAGAAAUGCUUUAUGAAUUUAAUAAUUCUAGACCAGUUCGUCGUGAUACUGUUGAAUAUCGUGAGGGCAGGGAAAAAAUGAUUCAUCAAUUAUUUGGUAGUGUUGGUAAAGAUGUUGAAAUCGAACCGCCAUUCUAUUGUGAUUAUGGAUAUAAUAUUCAUGUUGGAGAUAAUUUUUAUGCUAAUUUUAACUGUACAAUAUUGGAUGGUAAUAAAGUUGAAAUUGGUGAUCGUGUUAUGUUUGGUCCAAAUGUUUCACUUUAUCCUGCAACUCAUCCUUUACAGCCUGAAGAAAGAGCAAAAGGCCCUGAAUCUGCUCUUCCCAUAAAG